AUGUCAGCAUUGGCUCCGCCGCACCCAAUAGAUGCGCGCCACAUCGCCCAUGCCCGUACCCCACAUCGCCGCUCCCCGCACCGGCCCGCCGAGGCCCGGGGCAGGCCCUCCCCGACCCGCAUGUCCCCCCGCCGCUGCCCGCCCCCGCGAGCCGUGCCGCCUCCACCGUCCGCCCGCGCCUCCAUUGCCGGCCGGCAGCCGCACGGCUCCCCGCCGCGACGCCCGCGCCGCGUCGCCGACCCCACGGGCUGCCGCCUCCUCGUCGCCGGCCUCCUCCGCCGCGCCGACGACCUCCCCGACCUCCCGAACUUCCUAACCGGUGAAAAGAAAAAGAAAAAAGAUCUCCUCCACCUCCCCCACGUUUGUGGAUCCACCCGCCUCCCUCUCCCACGUGCCCCUCCCAACCCACCCCCACCGGUGCCGGCCCCAUCCACGCCGCCGCGCGCCCCUCCCUCCUCCCAACGGCCGACGAGCCUCCCCCAAGCCGGGACAAGGCCGACUCCCACUCCCCGGAUCCCCCCGCCGUCGCGCCGCCUCCCUAGAUUCUUCCCCUGCCGCGAUCCCUCUUCGGAACCCCCACACGCCUCAUCGGACCCUGCAUCCUCGGUCACCUGCCCUCCUCCCCAACGGUCGGCGCACGACCCCGCCUCCGCCAGGGCCGAUGAGCCACCUCCCAGCACCACCCUCGGAUCCAAUGGUCGCAUGCUAUCGAUGGGCCAUGGAACCCCGUGCGCCACCGCAGGGUCCUGGAUCCCGAGCGCCAUCGCUGGUCCCUGGAUCCCACGCGCUGCUGACGCCUGCCCAAGCGCGCUGCCGAGCCGCCUUGACCAUCCUGCUUCGUCCCGGCUUUGCCCGGCUCCCGGUGACGCGCCCAACACUUGCUCCCAGCCCCGCCAUCCACCGGUGACGCGCACCGCCAUGGACGCAUCCUCCAGCUCCACCCUGCCAUUGCAGUCCAACGUCUCCGAUUGCAUCCGUUCGCUAGUGAAGUGUGAGACGGCCUCCUCCGGCGACGCCACCUCCUACCCUCACAUCACGCUGGGCAUCCACCUUCCCCUGCAUCGGGGCCAUUUGUGCUGGUGUGGUGCGUGUGAGACGCCGACCGCUGAAGCUGUUCAAAUUUCAGUGUUCGCUGUUUCAGAAUCAUCGCUCCCAUCAGUUAGCUGCUGAUCUAUGGAGUCUGAAGCGUGUGUUCCCAAGGUUCAGACGACAGCACACUUAAAAAUGCUGGUGAAAAAUCUCUGAACAUGUACAGUGCAAUCAUGGAAAAAACUUGAAACUUUAUCACUUAACCACUGCUGAUAUCUCUUA